CAGUCUGCGCGUUUGGGGUGGUGCUGUUGUGUUUGUGUGUUGUCCUCCUCCUCUUCCUCCUCGUCACUGCUGCUGUUAAGCGCGGGAUGAUGGCGGAGGCUAUCGCGGCACAGCUAGACUCAUUCGGCCGCAGUUUCCAGAUAACCAGUGGUGCUCUGGCAUCUGGACCAGUGGAGAGCCUUGGUCUGAUCUCUCAUGCCUCCAACAGCCCCGCAGGAUUAGGAAUGGAGAGCAGUCAACCAAUCGCCAUCACAGACCUGGGUACACGGCGGAAGAAGAAACGCAGAACUCGUGCCACAGACAGUUUCACUGGCAAAUUUAGUGAUCUGUACAAGCUGACAGACGAGCUGCUGGGUCAGGGAGCUUAUGCUAAAGUCCAGGGCUGUGUGAGUUUACAGAACGGCAAUGAAUAUGCUGUGAAGAUAAUCGAGAAGAAAGCUGGUCACACUCGCAGUAGAGUUUUCAGAGAGGUGGAGACGCUUUACCAGUGUCAAGGAAAUAAGAACAUUCUGGAGCUCAUUCAGUUUUUUGAAGAGGACUGCUGUUUUUAUCUGGUUUUUGAAAAGUUGCGUGGAGGUUCCAUUUUAACACACAUACAGAGUCGAAAAUACUUUGACGAGAGAGAGGCUAGUCAUGUGGUCAGGGAUAUAGCACAUGCACUGAACUUUCUGCACAACAAAGGUAAGUACUGUACAUUUACUCUGUGGCUCACUGACCAUGACUUGGCGCGUGUGUGUUUACAUAGACUUCUCUCACUAUUUCCAACAGGAAUCGCUCACCGGGACCUAAAGCCUGAAAAUAUCCUGUGUGAAUAUACUGAUAAGGUUUCUCCUGUUAAGAUCUGUGAUUUUGAUCUUGGGAGUGGAGUGAAGCUGAACAGUGCCUGCACCCCAAUAACUACCCCUGAGCUCACCACACCAUGUGGCUCAGCAGAGUACAUGGCUCCCGAGGUGGUCGAGGUCUUUACAGAUGAGGCUUCAUUCUAUGAUAAGCGCUGUGACCUCUGGAGCCUUGGAGUGAUUCUCUACAUCCUGCUCAGCGGGAGUCCUCCCUUCACUGGCCACUGCGGCACCAACUGUGGCUGGGAACGAGGAGAGACAUGUCGUGCCUGCCAGAACAACCUGUUUGAGAGGAUUCAGGAGGGGAAAUAUGAAUUUGGGGAUGGAGUGUGGGCUCAGAUCUCAGCCGAUGCCAAAGAUCUGAUCUCGCGGCUGCUGGUGCGAGAUGCCACUCUGAGGCUGAGUGCAGCCCAGGUCCUGAAGCAUCCCUGGGUGCAAGGGAAUGCUCCUGAAAGAGUUCUUUCAACUCCUCGUGUUCUACAAAGAAACUGCAGCACUAAAGACCUGACGCAGUUCGCAGCUGAUGCCAUCGCGUUCAAUCGGCAGCUUUCUCAGAAGGAGGAAGAGCAGGAGGACUUUGGUGCAGUGGUCUGCUCUAUGAGGCUUUCCCCUCCAUCUAACUCUAGAUUAGCCCGUCGCCGAGCACAAUCUCAAGCACUACGCGCCAGUAACUGAUGCCUACCCACUGCACAGGUGCUCCAGUUAUACACAUGCACAACAUAGUGCAUUAUAGCCCUUCAUACACAUAACUUCUCUGGCGAACGGAUGGGUUCUUGAGCAAACACACAUGUAUAUGCACCACAGACUCAGUGAUACCAACUUUGUAGCACAGGCACAGACCUUAUAUAUACAAACCAAAAACAUCCAAACAUUUAUAAUUUAUUUACAGGUCUUUCAAUCUAUGUAAUGUGAGUAUUUUGUGUUUUAAGCAUCAGAAAUUGUGCUUGUUUUUAUAUUUAUGCUUAUUCUUAACAAAACAAAUCAUUGAUUCUUUUAACAUUUUUAAAAACCACUCGAGUUACUGUAAAGCACAGGACUUCUUGCUUUAUUUUUCUAUUGUUUAUUCAUAUAACGUCUAGCCGUAGUCUAGUUAUUGUUUUGGUUUAUUUGAGCAAUGUAAAGCCAUGCUGCCUGACAGUAACAUACAGUACACAUUGAGGUGUAUCAUUAUGUAUGUCUUAAGUGCAAAUGCAAUCCAGAGGUAUUGCUGCUUUACUAAGGGUGCUCAAAAGGUGUUACAUAUAUUUGACCAGAUAUUUUCUGCUCAAAUAAUUAGUAAAUGUUGCACAGUACGUAUUUUUGUCUUUUCAGAUUUCAGAUGAUUAUAUUUUUUCAUUUUAUGUAUAUUUUUUUAUGGUCUUGCUUGAUCUCUGUUAGAGUGUUAAACAUUAUUUUGUUGCAAAAGUGAACUAUUUUUAUAAGCGUCAGGGCAAUGAGCCGGUUCUGCAGCCGAUUCAGUUAUGAGAUGGAGUAUGUUUUCAUUUUUUGGUUUGUAUUUGGUGCAAAAUGUGCCAUUUUGGGAGGGGGCUGAGCUCCUUAUGUGCAAAAUAACCAGUUUACUCUCAAUUGCCUUUUGUAUUAUCAAAUUCAAAAUCAUGCAUGUUUAUUUUUUUCCUGUUAUGUUUUGCUCAGAAUGUUAUUUGAGGUAAGGUGAAAUGGUAAGAAUUUAGUGGUUGUCCAUAUAUUAUGUAUGUCCCUUUAUGAGUAUGUAUUGGGAAACAUUUCAUGGACCAGGGAUGACACUAGAGGGCGCUACCUCAAAUUAAUGCUAUGUUCUCAGUAUUCAGUGCUUCUGUGAUACUCUAAAGGAGUAACAAAGGCUAAUUUUAGGAAUGGUGUCAAUGGAAAGGCCAUUUAACUCCUAAAAACUGGGACAGGUCAGAGGAGGUCAACUGGUUUUCCAAUUUUGAGAAAUAAAGUCGUUUGCACUGA